CUUAUUCUUUCUAUGAAUAAGUUAUAAAUGUUGUGGGCGUCAUUUUGCAGAGUGGAUGCAGUGGUAUCUCCCUGGCUGUCAGAGCUGUGGGCCAAAGUGAUGGAAAUGUGGCCCUUGCCCUCAGGCUUGGAAGUGAUCAGCGAGUCUGUGUGCCCUCCCCCUAAGUACAAAGCUGUGUUUGUGGACAUGGAGUCUUCUCAAGAGGAGCGACCCCUUCCUGUGUCCAGUGAUAUAAGUCCGGGCCCUCUGUGUCCAUUUCAUGCGAGAUUAUUGUCCAAUCAAAGAGUGACCGCCGCUGACCACUUCCAGGACGUCCGUCUCAUCAAGCUGGACAUCACUGGCUCGGGACUUAGUUUUGAACCUGGGGAUGUAGCGAUGAUUCACCCGGAGAACUUAACCGACACAGUGGAGGCUUUCCUCUCUCUGCUCGAACUCAAUCCAGAUCAGAUGUUCAGAUUGGAGGAAAAUGAUCCAGACGUGCCUCUGCCCGCCAGAUUCCCGUCCCCUUGCAGUAUACGCUGGCUCGUCACGCACUAUCUGGACAUCAACUCAGUCCCGCGGAAGUCCUUCUUCGAGCUGCUGAAGUACCACGCCGAUGAUGAGCUGGAGAGAGAGAAGCUGGAAGAGUUCUGCACCCCAGAAGGACAGGAAGAGCUGUAUUCAUAUUGCAACAGAGUGAAGAGAACCAUUUUGGAGAUUCUUGAAGACUUUCACAAGACCAGUAAACGGAUCCCAUUUGAUCACCUCUUUGAUGUCAUCCCUGCCCUUCAGCCCAGAGCUUUCUCCAUAGCUUCUUCAAUAAAGGCCCACCCAACCCAGCUGCAUCUUCUCAUGGCUGUCGUUCGCUACCGCACAAAACUUCAGAAUGCACGACGCGGCGUCUGCUCCACCUGGCUGUCCAGCCUCAGUCCGGACAGACAAGACACAUACGUGCCCAUCUGGGUCAAAAAAGGGACCAUACGAUUCCCCGCAGACCACGAUGUCCCUCUUGUGUUGGUGGGUCCAGGUACAGGUUUGGCACCAUUCCGCAGUGUUAUACAAGAAAGAGCUUCUCAAGGAAAAGGUGGAGUCGUGCUGUUUUUCGGCUGUCGCAGCAAGCACAAAGAUUUCUUUUGUGAAGAGGAAUUUGCAAAGCUGGAGGAAAAGGGUCUCGUCAGCCUUCACACAGCUUUCUCUAGGGAUCAGGAUGAGAAAAUCUAUGUGCAGCACCGAAUACGUGAGCAAGGCAGGCAGGUGUGGAACGUGCUGAGUGAGCAGAAUGGAGCGUUCUACAUCGCAGGGAAUGCCAAGUCUAUGCCUGACGACGUGAAGGAGGCGCUGUGUGAUGUGAUUUCUGAGCACGGAGAAAUGACGAAGGAACAGGCCACGACCUACAUUCAAGCUCUUGAGAGAGUUCGUCGCUUCCAGGUGGAGGCCUGGUCAUAG